GAAAUUCAAAAUAUUUUAGAUGAUCCAACUUUAAAAAUAAAAAAAUUAUAUGAGAUAUAUUGGCUUGCAUGGUAUGAGGCUAUUAAAAAUAUUUGCAAUUCAAUUCUGGCAUUAUUUAAACUUUUCAAAGAAUCAAAAGAUAAUGAUGAACAAGAAUUAUACAAGCAACUAAUAUCUUAG